ACGUGUCAAGCUUUUUCCAACAAAAUUACAAAAAUUUUGCCCAAAAUUUCACAUUUUUUAAGGGAAUAAUCAGCACGAUUUGGGGUUUUGGGGCCCCACAAUCGGAUUUUGUUCACAAUUUGUGAUUAUUUGUUCAAUUUUGUGAUAUUUUGACAGCACUUGACAAGACCCCAACCAACAUGUCAUGUGGUACACAUUUGAAUUUUGAGGUUAGUUCGGACAUGUCUUCGAGUUAUUUGAAACUCAAAUUUUUUGACCAAACCGAGUUUGAGACUUGUGAUGAGUGGAAAUACAGAGUGGCCCCUUUUGCGAUCAGUGAAAUUUACCAUCGGGUGGUGAAAAACUUUCAGAAACUCUCAGGGGGGGAUGGCGUGAAGACGGUUUACAAAUUGGGGCUCAAUUUGGAGGGACUUGAAGUUGACUUUGCCCCGGGGGAUACCAUCGGGGUGUUCCCUUCGAAUGACGAGUCAGUAGUUGAGAAACUCUUAAUUCGGUUAGGGGUUGAAUCCCACGCCGAUCACCCCUGCGAAUUGGGGGUUUUACAAGAGACUAGAGUAGUACCAAAACACUUGCCCCCUCGAAGCACCCUGAGGAGGAUUUUCCUGAAUCAUGUCGAUUUACACACCCCCCCUAAGAAGUUGUUUCUUAAGUCGUUACUCGGCUUCGCCUCGGAUUCGGACGCUUCCAAACUUACGUCCCUUUCCGCUCCUAAAUCCCCCGACUACUCGACUUUUAUUGCACAAAUUACGUCCCUGGUUUCCCUCCUAGAAACGUUCCCCACCCUCCAACCACCAAUUACGCUCCUCCUUGAACACCUCCCACCGCUCCAACCCCGCCCCUAUUCCAUAUGCUCCUCCCCGCGGUCAUCCACUCUUGAAAUCACAUUUUUCGUCUCGGGUGUUUGUACAACCUUUCUAGAAAAACAGAUUUUAAACAAGAAUAAAGUCGCUUUCUAUUUCCGCAAACCGGGGAUUUUCCGGCUUCCGGAUUUGGCAAACCCGGUGAUUUUGAUAGCGACAGGCACCGGGAUUGCCCCAUUUCGGGGAUUCUUCCAACAUUGGAAAUUAACAAAUUACUUUGGUGAUGUGUGGCUGUUUUACGGUUGCCGUUUCAGGGAUCGGGAUUUUUUAUACAGGGAUGAAAUCAACGAAUUGAUGUGUGCAGGGAUCGUGAAUCGAUUAAACGUCGCAUUUUCACGCGAAGGUGACUCAAAAAAAUAUAUACAGAGUGAGAUCGAUAAGCGGGGAGGGGAUUUCGUCGAUUGGGUGAAUCGGGGUGCUAUAAUUUACGUCUGUGGGGACUUUAGGACUGUGGUCAAGGAUGUGCGAAGUUGCGUGGUGAGGAAUUUGAUCAAAUAUGGCGGAUUUGAGGACACAGAGGCCGAGGAUUUCGUCAAAGGGGACAGAUUUAUUGUCGACACUUGGAAUUAAUUUAUUUAUAUAGAAAUAUAACUAUACAUAGAAAAACAUUACAAUAAAAUUAUUGUCGAUUUUUUGGACCGCUGUGUAAAUAUUCCCUUAAGGAACUAUAAAAAUAUCGUAAUUUACAACAAUAUAUAGGGUGGGGCGACGAAAUGGGGGAUCUAGUGUUCAGUCAUAUGCGUUUUGUCAAAACACCCUGUAUAUUGCAUACACAGAGGGUGGACUAUAAUACAAAAGCACACAAAAUAUAUGUAAUAAUAGCAUUAAACGUGACAAAUGUCAAAUUUUUUAUAAAAUAAUAAAGUAUUUCUAAUGUUGUAAAUAAAAAAGCUAUACAGGGUAUUUGUCUUUAUUUUUUUUACACUUUUUUUCGGCAAAAAAUUAUGUAAGAUCAAGAAAAAAAGAACAUUUUUUUCGAUGGUUUACAACAGUGCUGACAGUUAUUUGACGUAAGAAGUGUCAGCUGUCAACUUUACGAAAUGUAUAUUCAGUGUUGCCAACUCACGAGAAUUUUUUCUGAUCAACCGGUAGACAAAAAUUUGUUUUCUUUUAUUAUAAUGCUUUUUAUACAGCGUGUCCUAAAAUCUGUGAUUAAAUUGUAUACAUAAAAAACUGCCCUGUAUUUUAUAAAACAGUGAACAAUAAGCAAAACUAUGAUUAUUUACCAUGAAAACUACCAAAUUUCGUGAAUUUAAAAGUUUUUGAUUAAAUUUUAUACAUAUGUCCCAACAAUAUUUAAAAACUAACUUUAGUUUCGCUUGAUGCAACAAUUAUGACUCAAGUUUCUGUUGGUAGCACUGCAACUAGAAAUUAUUUCUGAAAGUUUGUAUAAGAUAUUUUUUUAAUUAUAAUUAGUGUCCUAAAAAAACUAAAAAAAAAGUUUCUUGAAAAGCCAAGUAGAUCCAACAUUUUACUGUUUUAAUCACAAUAAUUUUUUUAUAUGAAACGCCCUGUAUACAAGGUGUCAUUCAAUCAAAUUUUAAUUCGGUAAAAGAGACGAAACUAGUUUUUAAGUAGUUUAUCUUUUUCUUGGAAUGUGUCAAAAAUGCUUUUGACAAUUGCUCGUUCACAGCCAUUCGUCCCCCACCUCAACCCUCGCCCCGCCCGCCCUAAAUACAAACGCCCAUCAUCAUCAGUCACACCCCUCACUCACGCCUUAUGUAAAAUCUUUUUGGCGGCUUUAAUCAAUGGCGUGAGUGUCCUCAACUCACUCCUCCCCGUCAAAAACUCAUGUUUUAACAAUUGUUUAGCCGUCGCCCUCUGAUCCACAUCGACUUGCAAACACUUAUCAAUAAAAUCCUGUAAAUUCUGACUCAAUUGUCCCCACCUCACAAUCUUCGGCCUACCAUUGGCCGUUAUCAAAUACAACGCCCUUAAAGGCGGUUCCCGUAAAUACGGGGGUUCUCCGUCAAGCAUUUCGACAAUCAUUAUACCCAACGACCAUAUAUCAACUUUUUUGCCGUAUUUUUGUCGCGUUACCACUUCCGGUGCCAUCCAAUAUGGCGUCCCGACCAUUGUUUCCCGUUGCUCAUUGCCUACUACAUUCGCACAAAAACCAAAAUCGGUGACCUUGACGGUACCAUCCAUACCAAGGAGGACGUUAUCAGACUUGAUAUCACGAUGGAUGGUCCCUCUGGAAUGGAGGUAAUCGAUGGCUUGGAGAACUUCGUGACACACGGCGGCGAUUUGCCCCUCUUUCAUCACCGUUUCGGUGACGACAUCGGUAAGGGGGCCCCCAUCCAGCAACUCCAUCACCACCCACAAAUGGUCAUCGUACAUCACAAAUGCGUCUAAGAAAUUAACGAGAUUUUUAUGUCGGAAAUUUUUCAUUAUUGCAAUUUCGCUGAGGAGGAGUUCUUUGCGUUGCUGUUUGGUCAUGUCGAUGUCUUUGAUGGCGACUGGGAGGCCGGUUUGGAGGUCGGUGGCGGCAUAGACGACGCCCAUGGCGCCGGUGCCCAAAUCGCGAUUACUGCGAAUGUAGAAGUCGUUGGGGUCGCCCGGAUUGCAGAGUUUUUUCAAUUCGCGAAUGUAGUCUUCGUCGGUGAGACGACUGCGACGGCGGAGGAAGUCGUCGUCGGAGGAGUCCUCGGAGGAGGUUUUGUGACGGAGUUCGCAGGUGUCGUCGAUGGUGAGACAGUCGAGUUGGGGGAUUUUUGGUGCUUUUUUUAAGUUUGUC